CAGAGGCGGCUGGCCGGAAGUCCGCGUGUGAUGGCCGCGGGGGCUGAGUGACUGCGCGCUGUUCUGGCUCCGUCGUCUCCAUGGCUCCUCGGCUGCUGCUCCUCCCGGCCCUGCUGCUGCUCUGCGGCUCCGUCCGGCCCAUCUCCUUCCAGCUGCCGCCCAACGGCCGCAAAUGUCUGCGGGAGGAGAUCCAUAAAGACGUGCUGGUCACCGGGGAGUACGAGGUGUCCGAGCCGCACGGCCAGGUCCGCCUGAAGAUCACGGACUCCUCCAAUCACAUCCUCUACUCCAAGGAAGAUGCCACAAAGGGGAAGUUUGCCUUCACCACGGAGGAGUACGACAUGUUUGAGGUUUGCUUUGAAAGCAAACACCAUGCAGGUGCCGGACGGGCUCCAGAUCAAUUGGUUGUUCUGAACAUGAAACAUGGAGUGGAGGCCACGAACUACGAGGAGAUCGCCAAGGUGGAGAAGCUGAAGCCGCUGGAGGUGGAGCUGCGGCGUCUGGAGGAUCUGUCCGAGUCCAUCGUCAAUGACUUUGCCUACAUGAAGAAGAGAGAAGAGGAAAUGAGAGACACAAACGAGUCCACCAAUGUCCGCGUGCUCUACUUCAGCAUCUUCUCCAUGUGCUGCCUGAUGGGGCUCGCCACCUGGCAGGUCUUCUACCUCCGCCGCUUCUUCAAGGCAAAGAAACUGAUUGAGUGAGCGGCCGGGCGCCGUCCGGGCUCCUCCCACAGGCGCCAAUGUUUGGGAAAUUUAUUGUAGGACUAUUCUCCUGUUUAAAUCCUCUGGGCUCAUUACCCCUGCCCCGGUGUGCGACGCUCUGCAGAGCCUGCUGGACAAUUUGGAUACAGGUUUUUCACAUUAAAAAAAAAAAUGUGGGUGAAGUUU